CAGGUGGUGCUGUCGGUGUUAAGCAGCAAACCAAUCCACCCACAGUUCCAAUAGCAGAUCUGUUCAGUGAAGGCAAUUUUCCGAUAGGAGAGAUUUGUGAAUAUCCUGUUGACAAGGAUGACCGCACAGCCAAAAACCGUAUGACAGAUGAAGAAAAGAAGAUGCUUGAUCGCUCACAGAGUUAUCAGUAUGAGGCGAUGAGACAGGCAGCUGAAGCACACAGACAGACACGGAAGUACAUGAUGUCCAUUAUUAAGCCAGGCAUGACGAUGAUUGACAUCUGCGAAGAGUUGGAAAACACUGCCCGGAAGCUGAUCCAAGAGAAUGGUCUCGAUGCUGGUUUGGCUUUCCCGACUGGGUGUUCUCUCAAUCAUUGUGCUGCGCACUACACACCUAAUGCCGGUGACCCAACAGUGUUGACAUAUGAUGAUGUUUGCAAGAUAGACUUCGGCACACAUAUAAAUGGUCACCUGGUGGAUUGUGCCUUCACACUGACCUUCAACCCCAAGUAUGACCAGCUGUUGCUGGCUGUGAAGGAUGCAACCAACGCUGGGAUCCGAGCCUCGGGCAUUGAUGUCAGGUUGUGUGAUGUGGGCCAACAGAUCCAGGAGGUCAUGGAGUCGUACCAGGUGGAGCUCGAUGGCAAGACUUACCAAGUUAAACCCAUCAGAAACCUGAACGGUCACUCAGUUGGUCAGUACAGGAUCCAUGGUGGGAAGACUGUACCAAUUGUCAAAGGUGGAGAUGCUACACGGAUGGAGGAAGGUGAGGUGUAUGCCAUUGAGACCUUUGGCAGCACCGGCAGGGGUCACGUACAUGAUGACAUGGAGGUCUCCCACUAUAUGAAGAACUUUGAGGUUGGCCAUGUACCACUAAGAAUUGCAAAGUCAAAACAACUACUCAAUGUCAUCAACCAGAACUUUGGAACUCUAGCUUUCUGUCGUCGCUGGUUGGAUCGGCUGGGCCAAACCAAGUAUUUGAUGGCUCUCAAGAAUCUGUGUGACGUCGGCAUUAUCGACCCCUCACCCCCCGCUGUGCGACCAGAAAGGCUCCUACACUGCCCAGUAUGA